UGAAUUAUGAUUGCAAAAGUUGCAACAGUGCUAUCCAGUUUCAUUGGCUAGCUGCAGCUUGAGGAAGGGGGCUGUCUUCAUUCCAUUCCAUUAGUCACAGAUUGGAAAUGGCAACGAAUGCUACUUCCAACACAAUUGUUCCAUUUUUGCUCGAACUUAAAAACUAUAAACCUUGGACAAUUUUCCUUAAAAACUAUCUAUUAACUCAAGAUCUUUGGGACGUGGUCGAAACGGGUGAUGCUCUUCCUUCAGCUGAUUGGAGCAAAAGGAAUGCUGCAGCUCUACAUGCAAUUCACAUUACGUGUUCACAAUAUGUUUUUGUUCAAAUAAAGGAUAUCGGUUCAGCCAAAGAUGCUUGGAACAAAUUGGCUGAAAUGCAUCAAAUGUGGAAAUCGCAUUCCCGCCCCAACUUAGAAACCAGUUCAGUGUCAUUUAGCAUAGCAGAAAGGCAUACAGCCAUGCGGUUGGUCAGGGAAAUCACCAGGGAAGAUUGGGAUACCGUACAUGGGAUUUUCCAGGAGUAUCCAUAUACAAUGAAUGCAAUAAUUAAUGACAGCAAUGAAACUGCUCUUCAUGUUGCAGUUUGGGCUGGUUCUGUAAAGAUUGCUGAGGAAUUGAUCCCCAGACUGUCAGAACCAGACUUGGAAAAACAAGAUAUGAAUGGUAACACGGCUCUUUCCUUUGCUGCUAGUGCUGGAAGGAUGAAGAUUGCAAGAUGUUUGGUUGAAAAGAACCGGACGUUACUAACUAUUCCCAAUAAGGGAGGAUUUAUUCCGGUUGUUUUGGCAAGUGCUGUUGGUGAUAAGUAUUUGACGAAGUAUCUGUAUUCUGAGACCCCUGCUGAAUUCCUAAGCCCAGCCAGCCCUGAUGGUGGCAAACAUGGGCUUUGGCUCCUCAAUUACACCAUAACUGGCAAAAUGUUUGAUAUCUCAUUGAAUUUACUUCAGAAUUAUCCAAGUUUAGCCGUCAUAAAAACCAGUAGCCGGGGAGACUCUCCGAUUCUAACAUUGUCCAAUGAACCAUCUGCAUUCUUUAGUGGAAGCAUUCUUGGAUUUUGGCAACGUUUAAUUUAUCAUUGUAUAAAGAUAAACCAACACAGCUCCUCUAAUUAUGUUCGAAUUUCUGUUCCUCACCAAGACCAGAAUGAACAGGAAAACAUCAUGCAAGUGUUUUUUCGACUUGGUGCAUUGGACUUAAUGUUCCUGAAGUUCUCUGGAAUCAAGAAAAUUUAUGAUUUGAAAUUGAUCCAUACAUAUUCGCUUGAGGUCCUAAAAUGUAUGUGUGAACACAUAACAAUUUUGAGUCGCCAAGAAAGUCUAGCAGGUCAAGUGUAUGAUGCUUUCUUUCAAGCUACCAAGAAUGGCAUGGAGGAGUUUGUUGUUGAAGUGUUGAAAGCCAGACCACAUAUAAUGUAUAGUUAUGAUCAAAAUUUAAGAAUUGCUUUCAUGUGUGCAGUUGAAUAUCGUCAGGAAAAAAUUUUCAGCUUCUUUUGUAGCGUUGCUGCAUGGAAGCACCUUUUGAAUCAUACUGAUAAUCACGAUAAUAAUUGCUUACAUAUAGCAGGGAUGUUAGCCCCUGACUUUCAACUAGCUCGCAUUUCUGGGGCAGCCCUGCAAAUGCAAAGAGAACUACAGUGGUUCAAGAGCCAACCCGGGAUUCUCUCUGUUUUGCCCGAGUUGAAGUACGAGUUGCGCACGACUUGGACUCUUGAGUUCCUGGGACUCGACAAAAGCACCGAUUUGUUUCUCGAGUAGGACUCAGUGAGUGAAGUAGUUAUUGGUGUGCUGGAUACCGGUGUUUGGCCAGAGAGUAAGAGCUUUAUCGAUACCGAACUUGGGCCGUUGCCCAGUAGCUGGAAAUGAUAUCAGUUCUGCCAAAGAAGCUUGGAACAAAUUGGCUGAAAUGCAUCAACAAUGGCAAUCCCAUUCCCUCCAACCAGCAACCAGUUCAGGUAUUCCAUCUCUUUCUCUUCAACCAUUUAGUUAUAUCUUAACUACAUAUAAAAUUAUGGUUAAAUA